AUGAGUGGAGAGCUGAGCGAAGAAGAGCUGCUGGGUCUGUACGCGUGGAUCGACGGAAUCCCGCUGGCCCGACCGAAGAGACACAUCACUAGAGACUUCAGCGACGGAGCUGCUCUGCAAAAGUUCUUCUUGUUUCUGCCUUCCUCCGCUUCCUCUUCUGCAGUGAUGGCUGCUGAGAUUGUGAAAUAUUUCCUCCCAAAGCUCGUUGACCUUCACAACUAUAUUCCUGCAAACUCCACACCCCAGAAGCUCAGUAACUGGAGCCUCCUCAACAGGAAGGUGUUUUCCAAGCUGAACUUUCAUUUGCCUGAAGACACAGUGAGUAAGAUUGCACUGAGCACUGCGGGAGCGAUAGAGCCUGUGCUGAGCGCCCUGAGGGAGAAGAUAGACAAGAAACUGGAGCAGGAUGCAGACAACAUACUGUACAGGACUGAAUUGGAAUAUUUUGACUCCAGGAAACACCUCGAGAGACUUCCUGCAGAAAUUCGUCAGACUGAAGCGGCUCAGCUGAGAGGAGAUGAGAUGAAAAAAGAUGAUAGGAGAAGACCAAGGAACGGUAACCCGCAAUACACAGCACAGUUUGACACAGACAUGGACCCAAGAUUCGGAAUAAUCCUGCAGGAAAAAGAGCAAACUGUCAUUGCUUUGCAGGAGACUGUGGAGAUCUUGCAGAUGAAAAUGAGCAGGUUGGAGCAUCUGGUUCACCUGAAGGACAUGCGAAUUGAAGAGCUAACCCGGCAUCUGGAGACGUACAAAGCCAACAGCAAUCCACGCUGA